GCAAGAAAACCAAAAGAGGGAGAGGAUAAGAAAGAGAAGGAGAGGAAAACUCGCAGAGCAGCAGAAAGGAAUAAGAUAUGGCCGCACCAUCCAUGUCAGAACUGGCCUCGUACAUUUGCAGCAAGCUCCAUUCGGUGUUCUCGCGAGCUUGCGAGAGCACCGAUGGUGCACCAGUCGCGCUGGACGUUGCGGUCGAAGAGAUCGCCGCUGCUGCGAGCCGCAAGGGCCGGAUCUUCGUCCAUGGAGUGGGCCGUGAGGGCCUCAUGAUGAAGGCCCUCUGCAUGCGUCUGGCCCACCUCGGCCUCUCUGCCCACUGCGUUGGGGACAUGACGACCCCUCCCAUCAUGCCACCAGACCUACUCGUGGCCUCGGCUGGGCCAGGUGGAUUCCCAACCGUCGAUGCCAUCUGCGGGAUCGCGAGGUCCGUCGGGGCUAGAGUGCUCCUGCUGACUACCAAACCAUCUUCGGGGUCUGCGUGUCCGUACGCCAGCGCGAUUGCGUUUCUACCAGCACAGACGAUGGCGGACGAGCCAAAGCAGGGAUCGGAUCCGGAUUCGGGUCUGGAUCUGUUGCUACCGAUGGGGAGCGUGUACGAGGGUGCGAUGUUCGUGCUGUUCGAGAUGGUAGUUUUCAAGCUGGCCAAGGUUCUUGGUCAGAACCCUCAGUCCAUCACCGCUCGACACACCAAUCUCGAGUAGAGUUUGGGAUCCUGAAUGCUAAUUCCAUGCUCGAGCACCAAACACAAAUCCGCCAUACGUGCUAACGUGGCACGUGUGUGCAGGGACAUGGGACGUUCAUAUAUGGGCCCCGCUCUGAACGUCGAUCGAAACCAAAAAUGUCUGGCCGUGCCACGUGUGUAUAAACGAAUGGUCAGCUUAGAUGAACGAUCACCAAUGAUCAGCGCUGAACGCGCACGCGUUGCUGCUCAACUGACGGUGGCGCACACCCUGUGAACGUCCCAGAUCCCGCACACGUGCCACAUUGGCGUGUCUGUGGUAUGUUUAUGUUUGGUGGUCCCAUUUCCUCUUUUCCUUUCGUCUCCUUUUUAAUAUCCAGUGUAAGGCCUAGAUUAUAUGUACACUUAAGGGGCAGUUUAUAGAACGAGUUUACCAUAAUGUAUCAGUUUAAUAUACAA